UUAAGACCCAAGCCUGUUAGCAUUUCCACAUGUUAAAAACCUUUUUAGUGUCCAUGCACUUUUCAAACCGCACACAUGCUUGUAGGCAGUCAUUAUUGUGCAUGCUGUUGACGUGAAGUGCCGGACGACUUACAGUUUGCAACUAUGGUGGUCAUGUGGAGUUGGAAGGGACACUGGGAAAUCCUCUGUCUGAUUAUCCAGAUCACCACUUGCCUGACAUCAGAUCAGUCGCUUGAAGACUUCAUUGUCUCUCUGAGCUUGAAAAACGCUGGCUACCAGGACUUCCGUCUGUCUACUAUCCACGACGCAUGUAUUACAACAAAUAGCAGUUCUUUAGACGUGUUGCACAAGCGAGGGUCUGUAAACGAAGACAUCGAAUUAGAAGUACCAGCGUUUGGGGAGAACCUUUACAUAAGAGCAAGAUCGGUUAGGUCCGUGUUACACCCCCGGGCCGAGGUUUUAGUCACUCGUGGAGACCAUGAACACGUAUGGACUGGAAUUCACCCAGACUGCUUUCUAUCAGGGGAGGUGACGUCACAUAAUGGGACAGUGACCUUAGCCUACUGUGACGGUGUGACUGGGUUAAUUUCCACUCCGAGACAUUUAUACAGAGUUGACUCCGUUCCGGGACAUCUCCAGUCAACAGACAAACAGACAGGUGUGACUAGCAACAUCCUUAUCUCCCGUAAAAACAAUACUCGGGAAUUAAGUUCACAAGAUAGAGGAGAUGAUACAGUCGCAAGAGGUCAGCUAGGACAGUAUUCAACUCUCCACAAGAAAGCUGUUCCAUCCCACGACAUAACUAUAGAGACAGCCGUAUUCACAGAUGCUCCAUUUACCAAGCUGAUGGGCACAAACGAUACUGCCAAACGGUUAGAGCUGAUGAUACUGAAAUACAACAUGGUACAAAUGGAGUGGUCUCGAUCGCAAAUGUUGGGAUACAAUGUCACGAUACAAAUAAAGUAUAUCAACUUCUAUGAGACGGACCCUAGCUGGUAUAAAGUUUCCGGUGAUAACUACGCAGGCUUACUGGGCACAUUUUGCACAGGCACUCAGCAUCUUCCUCAUGAUCACGUGUUCAUGCAUACCGGACAUCAUGGGAAAGGUCUAUUAGGAACGUCGUAUCAGUCAAGGGUAUGCCAUCCCCUCUACCGCUGUGGGUACGAAAGUAGUCAUGAUGUCAUAACAUACAUCGCUACAGCUCACGAGACCGGACACGUACUUGGUAUGUACCAUGACGCAGACCGAGGUUGCAAGCCACCGAAUGUAGGAGUUAUGGGAGGGUACGGAGCAGGAUGGAGCACCUGUAGUAGAAACGACAUGGACGCCUUUUUAAGUUCUGGUCACACCCCAUGUCUGUGGAGAGAAGACGUUCCAUUGACCAACGUUACUACACCACUUCAGUCUAUCUCUUUAAAGACACACUUAUUAGGUCAGAUGAAUACUCCAGAUGAAGUUUGUGAAAUUCUACAUGAGACCGGAUUUCGUUUCCGAAAAUAUCCUCAUUUAGAUGUGUGCCAAUUGUUUACCUGUGUGGAUAUGAAUAAAGGUCCGCUGUACGGUCGUAUGUUUAAACACAACAACAACAUCCCAGGGCAAUAUUGUGAUGACGGAAAGAUAUGUUUUAAAAACGGGUGUAACACGUGGGACCAUGCCAAAGAGUACAACUUGACAGUGCAAGCUGGUGGUUGGUCACAGUGGAGCGCGUGGGUACCGUGUACACGCACGUGCGGUACCGGACUAACGUAUCGGACACGUAGCUGCACAAACCCACCACCGAAGAAUCACGCAACUUGUGUGGGAAAUUCUUAUCAAGCAUCAACUUGCAGCACAAGACCCUGUGACGGUGAUAGUGAAAACAAACCUACUUUGAUCAAGCAGCGGGCCUCGGAGACAUGUUCUCGCCUUAUAGCAGCUGGGCACAUCAACGGAUCAUUACACCAGCCGACCGGGGUCAGAUAUAACAAUGAGGCAGAGACAUUUCUAACUCCAGUGCUUGGUCAGUGUGAAGUCCAGUGUGACCCUGUAAGCGGAUACAAGGUGCCAAGUUUCACGAGGUUUGGUCUCAUGCCGGACGGAACGCCAUGUGACACGACGGCUGAAAACACUUGGGACAAAGAUAACUGGCCUAGGAGAUCGGGCAUGCAUGGUCGCUGCCUACAGGGAUUUUGUACCAAAUUUGACUGUGAAGGCAAGACGGGCAACAAGGUAUUUGAUGCGUGUGGUGUUUGUGGAGGGGACAAUUCAACGUGCCAUUAUUAUGGCGGCGUAUAUACGGACGUCUUGGCCAAGGGUGAUCGAGAGACAAUUGCUGUCCUGCCGACUGGAGCCUAUAACAUUCAGUUCUGGGUGGAGUAUACCCACACACAUCAAACCUUCGUGGAGAUCUGGAGUAAGGACGGACUGCCUGUCCUAGCCAGCUAUGUUGUCAGUAGUUGGAUAUUCAAUGACCUGGCUAAUCCGGUCGAAUUCGACGGCACGUACUGGUAUUUCCUCUUUUAUAGACAGUACUUGUACACGAAAGGCCCAAUAACAUCACCGGCUAUCAUAAAGGCGUUCCAGCACCUGUCAAACCACACAACGGGAAUCCAUUACGCCUACUCUGUACCACUAUCAGUGUCGUCCUGUUCAAAUGUGUGUCAGAAUGGCGGGGCCUGGAACCAAACCCUCUGUUCCUGUGAUUGCCCCAGCCACUUUUACGGACCCACGUGCAGCAGCAGAUGUAACAAGUACUGUUUGAACGGCGCGCCUCUGGAUGAGCGCACGUGUCACUGCACGUGUAAUGAGCGUCAAACUGGUGGGACUUGUCACUGUAAACCUCUUUAUUCCGGCAAGGAGUGCAGGAGCUGUGUCACCAUGCUUGAUUGUACAACACAUGGAAGUUUCAACAUGGACACGUGUCAGUGUGAAUGCCAGCCUGGAUACACGGGAAAUACGUGUGAAACUGAUGAAAAUCAUGCUGGACAUCUUGUUGGCUGAGAUGCUAUCAUACCAAAUGGGCAAUAUGUUACAGUUUACUUUUCAUGGUAGAGGUACUGACUUAUAAGGAAAAGCACUUGUGAGAUGCAUAUGUCUGUUGCAAAACGUUGCAUUUUAAUAUGUUGGGUUUAAUUAAUAAAAAAACAUUUUCCAAUGAUA